AUGCAGGUGCUGGAGAAGGACCCGUCUGCUAGCUGGUCGAGCGUGGGGGCAGUGGAGUUUCAGGUGGUGCUUCUUGCAGGAGGACCCGGAAGCAGGAUGUCGCCCCUAUCUACUGAAAUCCCCAAGCCACUGCUCCCCAUUGCCAACCGCCCCAUGAUUUCCUAUCAAUUGGAGUUCCUGGAGAGGGCUGGCUUCUCAGAGGUGAUUAUUGUCGCGCAAGAAGAGGCCUCGAGCGAAUUGCGAUCCUACGUGCACGAGAUCUAUAAGGGCAAGGUCAGGGUAGACUGGCACUUCCUCGCCGACACCAUGGGCACUGCCGAAGCCCUCCUCCAGAUCAAGGACAAGAUUAAGGUGCUCCCCUCUUAUGCCGCGCUAGCUACCUGGGCCCAGUCGGUCCCAUCGCUCACGCUGGCUCUCCGUGCACAGACCAACUUCAUCGUCAUGAGCAGCGACUUGGUGGUGGACGAGAAGUUCCUGCACGGAAUGGCCGACUUGCAUCGGCUGCAGGACGCCAUGGUGACGCUCCUCAUCAGCCGUCCGAAGCCGGUCGAGGGCGCAACCGGCCCCGUCGUGGACACCAAGAACGAGUACGGCCUCAUGGACUACGUGGGCCUGAAGGAGGACGGCGAGAGGCUGCUCUACUUCAAGGCUGCCGCCGACAUUGAGAACAAGAUGCGCAUCUCCAAGAAGCUGCUGAGGAAGAACUACAGCCUGACGAUCCACACCAACCUCGUCGAUGCCCACUUCUACAUCUUCUCCAAAGCUGCCCUGGCGAUGUUGGAGGCGAGGAAGGAGAAGAUCGUCAGCAUCAAGGGCGAGCUCAUCCCCUACCUCGUCCGAUGCCAGUUCCGGAAAGCUUUCACUCGAGAAGAUGCCCCCAUCAAGCGUCCGUUCAGCAAGGCCUACAGCAUGACUUCUGCUCGCGUUGACACCACCGAUAAGAUCCGUUGCUUCGCGUACACGAUGGAGGGCGGCUACUGCUCGCGAGCCAACACCAUCAAGUCCUACGUUCAGAUGAACCUCGAUAUCGCCAGCCGAGGCGCUUGCUACUCGCCAUUGGAACCCGUGACCAAGAAUUCGUACAUCCACCCCGCUGCAGUCAUUAGUCCCAAGACACAGGUGGGCGCUGAGUGCGUGGUGGGCGAGGGGACCCGCGUCGGUGAGCGCGCGUCGAUCAAGAAGUCGGUCAUUGGCAAGCACUGCGUGAUCCACGACGGAGUGAAGAUCAUCAACUCGGUCAUCAUGAACCACGUCACCAUCUCUGCUGGAUGCGUUAUCAACGGCUCUGUGGUCUGCAACAACGUGUACAUGAAGGAGAAGUGCAACAUCAAGGACAGCCAAAUUGGCGUAUCCUACAACGUGCCAGAGAAGACCGACAUCAAGAACGAAUCCCUGUGCCGCGAAACGGAAGGAAUGGGCAUCUAG